AUGACAGAAAAGGAAGUCACCACUAUUGAGCUUGAGGACGCCACCGACGAAGAACUUCUGGCCUUAAUGGCCAAGAUCGCCGAGACGCUUGAGCAAAGAAAGGAAUCUCACCGCGAAUCUGCAGCCAAGUCGACAAAGACCGACGAAGGCUGCCACAGAUGUCAGCGCAAGAGAAAACACCACAGCCGCAGCUCGAGGGGUCUGCCGUGGGUGUUUGACGCCCGGUACAAGCCGUUCGAGGAUUUUGACUCGUUUGGGCCGUAUGGGUUCCCACCACCCCCACCACAUCAUGCUCCACCAAGACAUUUUGGCCAUGGAGGUCCUGGUGGGUUUGGUGGUCCACCCCCUCCCCCACACCCACACGGGUGGUCACACCACCCGCACCACCACCGGUAUUUUGGGGCUACACCAGGGUUUGAGCACGAGUUCCCAAGAGCGCGUGGGUUUGGCCGCCACAGAGAGUGGAGAGGCCGGUCUGGCAGACGGGGCGAUUUUCCUGGGUCCCCAGGCCCGAUGCCACACUUCUGGGCAGAAGCUUGGUCAGAGGACAAAUCUGACUCCGGAUCGGAGACAGAGGCAUAA